GGGCAGGGGGCAGAAGUACUACAAGAGAGGGUCAGAGACUGCAGACAUACUACAGGAGAGGGUCAGAGACCGCAGAUGUACUACAGGAGAGGGUCAGAGACCGCAGAUGUACUACAGGAGAGGGUCAGAGACCGCAAACGUACUACAGGAGAGGGUCAGAGACCGCAAACGUACUACAGGAGAGGGUCAGAGACCGCAAACGUACUACAGCAAACGGUCAGAGACCGCAGACGUACUACAGGAGAGGGUCAGAGACCGCAGACGUACUACAGGAGAGGGUCAGAGACCGCAGACGUACAGAGAGGGUCAGAGACCGCAGACGUACUACUGUAGCAUGUCUGCAGUCUCUGACCAUCUC